AUGGCCCCCUCGACGACCGUCCCAAGUGCUUCGGCCAUCGAGGUCCCGGAGACACUCCUCAAGAAACGCAAGCAAAACGAAAAGGCGCGCGAAGAACGUCUCCUAGCUGCCACUGCUGCUCGCAAGGCAGCCAAGGCCCAGCGAAAAGUUGUCUUCAAGAGAGCUGAGACAUAUGUGAAGGAGUAUUUGGCUCACGAGAAGGAGGAGAUUCGAUUGAAGCGCGCCGCACGCACGUCAGGCGACUUCUACGUUCCCGCUCAACCGAAGGUUUAUUUCGUCAUCCGUAUCCGUGGUAUCAAUGAGAUCGCCCCAAAACCACGAAAAAUCUUGCAACUCCUCCGUCUUCUCCAGAUCAACAACGGCGUUUUUGUGAAAGUUACUAGGGCUACCCAGCAGAUGCUUCGGCUAGUUGAGCCAUACAUCACAUACGGUGAACCCAACCUGAAGUCCGUGCGCGAGUUGAUCUACAAGCGGGGUUACGGCAAAGUGGACAAGCAGAGAAUCCCCCUCGCCAACAACGCCGUUAUCGAGGGAGCUCUCGGGAAAUACGAUAUCCUCUCAGUGGAAGACCUUGUCCACGAAAUCAUCACCGCUGGCCCCAACUUCAAGCAGGCCUCGAACUUCCUCUGGCCUUUCAAGCUCUCCAACCCCACUGGCGGAUGGCGGACACGUAAGUUCAAGCACUACGUGCAGGGAGGCGAUUUCGGUGAUCGGGAGACAAACAUCAACAAGCUCAUCCGCCAAAUGAACUAA